AUGUUUCACACUAAUUUCAUUGCAGUUUUGCCAAACAACAACAUAAAACAAAAGGAAACUUUACAGAAGAAGGAAGGUUGGAAGAUAUGUGAAUUGACAGAUACCCCGCACAGCAGAGAGCGAUUGCAUUUAUUCACAAUUGCGAAACUUGAUGCCUUUUCAAUUUAUACGUUGCUGCUGAUGCUGCUGCUGCUCAAUCAGUAA